AUGAGGUUGGCCGGGUCAUCGGCCGCCCCGUGGCCGGCCGAGAGCGACGGACCGUCCACGGAGCACAGCGACGACCACGUUCCUGAUACGGGCGAAUCGCGCCAGAGCAAGCCGCAUCCAUUUUCCAGGGCCGUGUUGACUGGAGAUUUACGGGCGGCGUUAAAACUGGCCCCAGCGGUGUAUAGGGGUCAGAGACCUUUGAACUGGUGCCGCGAUCAGCUGGGCGACGGCGUGCGCGUUGGCACCGCACCGACGCGACCCACUUUGGCGCGAUUGUUGUGCGACGCCAGAGAUCCAGUAUCCAUUUCGCCGAGCGUUGCA